UUAAGCUAAAUCAAGAAACCCAAAAUAACAAUGUCAGACUCAACACCUCUUCUUCCUUGGAAAGCUAGAGCUACCAUUUCACUUCUUUCACUUUUAUUCGACGCUUCUUCUCGCUCUAACGGCACCGUCAACCGCCGUCUCUUUAACUUCUUCAGUCUCAAUGCCUCACCUAACUCCACUCCCGUUAACGGCGUUUCCACCAAAGACAUUACCGUUAACACCGAAAAUAACGUUUGGUUUCGUCUCUUCACUCCCACCGUCGCCGGAGAAGUUGCCGGAGAGGUUACUGGAGAUGGUGGUGCCACUAAAACAACCUCCCUUCCUGUCAUCAUUUACUUCCACGGUGGUGGCUUCAGUUUUCUUUCCCCCUCCUCAAUCUAUCACGAUGCUUUAUGCCGUAGACUCUGCAGGGAAGUUUUCGCUGUUGUCGUCUCUGUCAACUACCGCCUUACACCGGAGCAUAGAUAUCCGUCGCAAUAUGAUGAUGGAGAGGCUGUGCUGAAAUUUUUGGAAGAGAAUAAAACGGUUUUACCGGAAAAUGCUGACGUGUCAAAAUGUUUCCUUGCCGGAGACAGUUCUGGUGCAAAUUUAGCACACCAUCUUACAGUUAGGGUUUGUAAAGCAGGGCUCCGGGAAAUCCGGAUUAUCGGGUUGGUAUCGAUUCAGCCGUUUUUUGGCGGGGAGGAGAGGACUGAGGCGGAGAUUAAACUUGAUGGAUCGCCGUUGGUGUCUAUGGCAAGGACGGAUUGGUGGUGGAAGGUGUUUUUACCGGAGGGAUCAAACCGGGAUCAUGGCGCCGUUAAUGUAAGCGGGCCGAAUGCGGAGGAUUUAUCGGGUUUGGAUUUUCCGGAGACGAUUGUUUUUAUUGGUGGGUUUGAUCCUUUAAAUGAUUGGCAAAAGAGGUAUUAUAAUUGGUUGAAAAAAUGUGGAAAAAAAGCUGAGUUGAUUGAAUACCCAAACAUGGUUCAUGUUUUUUAUAUUUUUCCUGAUUUGCCUGAAUCUACUCAAUUGAUUAUGCAAGUCAAGGAUUUCAUCAGCAAAGUGUCCAAUUCUAGAUUAUGAUUAUUGUAGUAAUAAUAUUGUUAUGAUAAUAUUAAUAACAUCAAUAAUAAUAAAUUGAUAGUUGUGUGGUAAUUGAGGUUUGAUAAACUAUUAGCAAGGUUGGAGGUGGUAUUGCAUUGAGAUCAUAGAGUGUAAUUUUCU